AUUGAUCGCGAAAUAACGUUUUUCUCAACAAAAAAAAUCGUAUGAUAUGUUCAAAUUGUGAAACUGUAUUGAAAAGAAAAUUGUAGUUAUUUGCAUUUGAUUUGGAGCCGGUCUUCGUUCACUCACAACCCGGUGCUUACGUAAAUUUGAAAAGUUUUAUUCUUUCGUGAGAAGAUAGACGCGUCGUUAAUAAAGUGAAACUUAUAUUCUACCUUAAACACCAUCUUUUUUCGAAAUUUCAUAAUCAUCUUUAAAAAGUCAAGAUGUCAGCGCCGUACUGUGGAGAGACAUUGGUAAAAAUCGGUGAAUAUUACAGAGAUAACAUACUUGGAUACGUCAGCAUACCAAUCUGCUGUGUAGGCAUGAUUACCAACCUAAUCAACAUCGUGGUAUUUGCAAGGAAACCCAUGACUUCUCCGCCGAACUUGAUAUUCGCUCAUUUGGCCUUUGUAGAUUUGUUGGUGCUACUGGCUCGUGUGCCAUUCAUAUGGACGUGGUACAUUCAAGAUUAUAGAGUCAUUGGACGAAGUUACGUAUGGACACUUUUUCAACGAUAUAACGAUGAAGUCAUAGUUACGUUUCAGUUCGUAUCAAUAUUUCUGACAGUAAUGUUGGCCGUAUGGAGAUACAUAGCGAUAGUGCAUCCAUUGAAGGAACGCCAUUGGUGUAAUACGAAAAGAACACGGAACGUGGUGAUUGCUGGUUACAUAUUGUGCUUUGUUUUGUUCACUGUACCAUCUUACAUGUCGCGUGAAAUAAAAACCGUAAUUUAUCAAGACGCACCCUACCAUUAUAUAGACAUCAACGAACGAAGUCCGAUUCAGGAUUCAAUAGUACUGUUCAUCAAUGGAAUAGUGAUCAGACUAGUACCGUCAAUCAUGCUCACAGUGUUAACUUUACGACUCGUUUGUACCUUAUUGAGCAGAAAACCCCAUCGAGAGCAACUGACUUCAUCCGCGAGCGUUCGAAGUGACAUGAAAAAUGUCAAAAUGAGACAACAAACCAAUAAGUCAACCACGAUAUUGUUGAUAGUCGUGGCAUUAUUCAUCUUGGCAGAAUUUCCAAAAGGAAUGCUAAGUUUAAUGCGAUCAGUUUACGAAUAUGAAUCGCCCCAAUGUUUCAGUCUAACUGAGAUAUUCUAUACAGUGAGUGAUAUCAAUUCGACCAUCACGCUUUUGGUAUACUACUCAUUGAGUCAACAAUUCAGGACAACAUUCAAAUCCUUAUUUCACCGAAAGCAUACUCCGGUAACUUUGGGUGAUGUUGAAGAUGAUGAGACGGCUACGAAAACUGAUGAAGUUUAAUGAAAGGCGAUUUUUCGAUGUCUAUGCAGUGGCGUAGACAAUGGGGGGCGAAGGGGGCCAUGCCCCCCCCCCCUUGAGAGCGAAAAUUUGAAAGAAAACAUGCAAAAAUGGACGUUUUUUCGUUGUUUGGACCCAUUUUUUCCAAAAAUUUUCGCUCUCGCUUCGCUCAAGCAGUAAUUUUGCCUUCAUUUUCAUGAAAUCACCACACAUUACAAUAGAUUUCCGGAAAAUUACCUCUCAUUUCGAUUUUUCAUGCCUAAAAAUCUGGUUUUGCCUCCUCCUUGAGAAAAUCCUGGCUACGCCACUGUGUCUAUGUGUAUGUACAUACAACUACAACCUAAUGUUUGAUUAUUUAUGUAUUAAUGUAAACUUAGACUGUCAUUAUUUUAUUCAUUAUUCAAGUUUAUUCAAUUUCUGAAAUUGGAAAAAUUCAUAGGUAGGUAUAAAAUUUUCCUAAAUAAGUAAGUUGCAUUUUUUUUGCAUUCAUUUUUAGGUAUGUUCUCACGUAUUUGUGAAAAAAAAUUAGUGCUUUAUUUUACUAAUAGAUAAGAAACUGUGCUAUAGACGAGCCUAAAUAGAAAUAGUUAGGCAAAACUUAGUACAUAAAUUCAAUGAGCCCAUUUCAAGGUUAAAAUCUAUGGUGGGAAACUCGAGUGAUUAUGACAAUAGGUAAUACCCACUUAUUCCUUAGUAUGUUUUUUUCACUCGAUUAAGAACGUGCGUUCGUAUUUUUUCUGUAAUUUUUUAUCUUUAAAUUUACCAGUCAUUACAUGGCUGAAUUCGAGUAUUUUGUUUAAAAUUGAACUUAUUAAAAUGAUAUAAUUUCUCCGGUAACGCGAGUGUUAUUUUGUGUUGCUAUGAAUUUAUUUCACUAAUUAAUUGGACAUCAAUUCUAAUGGAGUAAGUUUCCUGGUCGAGUUACCGGCAGGGCUGAGGGAAAUCCUCUAGCCAAAAUGUUGGUCAGCAUUUAGGUUCUUAUUUCAAAGUAUAGGGCUACGAUAUAAUCUAUGAAUAGAUUCAGUCCAACUACGAUUGAUAUGGUCAAGGUAAUGAUUAGGUUAAUGGUAAAGUAGUUAGAAUUCAUCUGAAUAAUCUAGGUAAGGAUUUAAUACAGUGAUUCAAUCUGAAUAAUCUAGGUAUAGAUUUAGUAGAUUUCCAACUAUUUCGACUUGCUUGCAAUGUCUAGAAAUGUAUGUAAAUUCAAUUUACUUUUCGAGUUUAUUUUUACACUGGGAUACGUUCCAACUAAGAUUGUGUAUGAUGUAGGUUCUACCUACCUUGUAAAUAAAAUCCCUUUCUUUCGAUUGAGUAUUGGUUGAAACAGAUCUUCGUGUAUUUGAAUUAAAAUAGAGCAUUUUUGUAUUAUGUGGUUAGGUAGGUUUGUCGUAUCCUAAUCCAAACCCAUCCCAAUAUUUCCUAAUCAUAAAAUUUCCUAAUACCUAUCUUCUCAUUAUUUGUUCCUAGUUCUAAAAUUCUCUCUUAUUCCUAAUUCCUACACCACAUAAUAUAAAAAUUGGCGCCCAACGUGGGGCUAGGGCUUAAUGAGUUUAGGUAUUAAUUAUUCAAAAUUCAUCUUCAGAAAAUUUCGUGUCAAAAUUCCACUUUACACAUGUGUUUCAUGUUGGACACGAAGAUUUCUUUCAACCAAUAAAAUAUGGCCGUUAGAAUAGUAACUCGAGCGCGUUAUCUAUUGUGCUAUGCUUUCGCCUGAUGAGAAGUACGGUCCGCCUGUGAGUAGGUAUCGAAUAGGUAGUAGGUACCUACUUCACUUAGGGAACAGUUUGUUAGAAAGCAUAUUUUAAAUACACGAAGAAACCAGCUUCGAAUUGUACUAGUCGUUCUGGUAUAGUACAUGUAAUGAAAUGUACCACCAUCAACGAGAUAACGACAUCGAGUAAUUGCAUCAAGACCUCCGAGUACCAAAAAAAUGAUCGAGUAUUUUUAACGUAUAAUAAAACAUGUUGCAACUAGUUUUACGAAUGGUACUAUGUAAAGCUUCGGCUAGGAUAGGUUUUUGAUAAAGGCCGCUAAAUUUCCUUCUCCCUUACCCCCAUAUGUCUGGAUAUCCACAUAUUCAGCUUAUGCCUUUAGAAUUAAGAUGCGUGUUUUUCUAAGAAAAUUAAUAAAAAAUACAAAAAGAUAUGUGUUUGUGUUAGUGUAGAAGAAUCGGCAUCGGGCUGAACAAAAUUUCUAGGAAACGUUCGUCGUAGUUUCUAGCUAUUGUAUUAUUUUUUGUAGAUCGCCAUUUUGUUAUUCUCUUAUCUUUCUAGUCGAGUCUUCGAUCGCAAUCUGAAACGCAUUCGGUUUGAGUAUUAUCUUUUCCUUCGUACUGUAAACAUCUCUCGAGUAGUUUGCGUUUUGCGUAUGGUUUUUUAGUGCGGUAUUUUACUUUUUGCUAAAAUUGAUUCGAUUAUUGCGAUCGUAUUUUUAUUCGAGUUUUCUAUUUAAUGAUUUAAUAAACUUUCGUAUGUGAAGUGAAGUUCGAAAGAUUCGUGAGCUUGUCGUAUUUCGAGUAUUUUGAUGUUCCAGCCGAAUACGUAGCUGUUUAGUAUAUUGGAAUAUUAUCUCGUUUGUUUAUUUUCGAUUAUGGCUUCUUUUGAGGUAAAAUUAGAUCUAGUUAUUUUGUUUACCAUUAUUUUGAUUCUUCUUAUAUGUAUUGUGUUUCGUUUUGAAAAUAUUUGAUAUGCCAAAAUUGGUUGUAAUUAAGCAACCUGGCGCCUGCGUGGGUAUGUACUCUUCUUUGGUUUUCUCAUGCAUAAUCAAGUGUUUUCAAACGAUUUAGUGUUAGUUGUGUUACUUGUGAGAUCAUUACCUUGGUCUGUAGGGAAUCUAGGGAUCCUUAGUUAGGGAUUUUUUAGAUAGUUAGGGACCAUAAUGCUGACUCAACAUUGCCAUAUGGUAACUCGAGUGUUUAAUAAUCAAGCUUAUUCAACAGUGAAUAAUUCAAACGAACCUGAUAUUGAACUCAACGAGUCAUCUGCGAGUGCUCAUUUUCACGAUCCAGCUGUUAUCAGUUUUAUCGAUAGCAGUAAUAUUGCACUCGAAAUCUCUCUCGACGAUUUGAACGAAUUCGAAAAUCCUGAUCAAGAAGCUGACGAUUCGAUUGACAACGAGUUAAGCGGUAUUCGAGAUCGAUUGAACGAGACAUCAAGACAAUUCGACAAUUUCGAUUCUGAUUCAUCUUCUUCACUCGAGUUAGAUCCAGAAGAGAAAAAAGAGCGUCGACGAGCGAAAUUAUUUCGACCAACUCCUCUAUAUUAUUUACGAUCACCUCGAUUUCCAGAAGGUUUCUUUAAGGAAUCCCGUUUUCGUGAUAAAGUUCCUAAGACAUUCGACUUCAACUGACGUCACCGCUGCCACUUUGAGUUCAACGUUUGCUCCAUCAGCAACGGCAACUCAAUCAAUCGACGAGUCGAUGCAGGUCGAUAAUGUUACCGACAAUAAUGCCGAAGAAUCGGUACAAACAGCUCCAUUAGCUGAUAAAAAUGAACCAGCUGCUCAAGCCGCCGCUGCUGCUGUUCCCGUCGCUGCUGUGGUUCCCGUCGUUCUUCCACCACCACAACCAGCAUAUGUCACGGCCAAGUUUCCUCGACUGAAUUACGCGGAAAUCGAUGGAAUUCAAAUUUUCACACAAGAGUUGAUAGGCGACGAUGAGAUUCCUGAAUGCAACCUCCGACCAUACGUUCCGCAACAAUGGCCUGAUAGUUAUCAGCCAUAUGAAUUCGAGUGGGAUCCUUCGGACCGAGUUUUCGAACAUCUAGCGAUUGACCUAUGGGAAGCACUGAUACGAGGAACAUAUGUUCAUUUUAAGAUCGUGACUCCGAGAUUUGAAUAUUACGAGAAACGGCAGUCUUUUGAGUGGCCAAGAAUCGAAAUCGAGGCCACUACUUGGCGUAAUCAUCUGAAUUUGGUCCGUUCGACUUAUCGAGAUGAGGUUUACCCACGUGAGCAUGUUUUCCGUCCCAGAUGGUCAUACCAGAAUCAGACCAACAUGAAACACCUCGUCACUGUUCUGGGGAAAAUAGCCAACGAUUAUGUCGAAAUAAUCAUCGAUCCUACGCUGCAGGUAUCGUUGAUUAAUACUGCCGCACUCGAGUUUUUCGACAAGAAUGUCUCUUUCGAGUUUGAAGUCCUUCACCAUCCUAAGGUUAUUUACGUACCUUGGAAGGAUGAUUUCCGGUUAGUAGUACGACGAAAGGUCAAUGUACCACUAAGAUUGACUCCCGGUAUUGAACGUAACAAGAACGAUGUUCAUUGGUUCCCGUGUUAUGUCGCUAAUUUCAAGACUACGAAGAAAGUAGAAGCGCAUCACGGUACAGUAAUCUUUGGCGUACGAGACAUCGG